AUGCCGCAUCACAACACCCCUCAGUUCACCGACCCGUGGUCGGCCGCACACACGACCUCCCACUCGACUCCCCCGGUGUACGCGACUUCAAUGGGUGCCAGCCAGAUCGGUCUCAGCCAUCCGAAGCAGGAGGAGGUGAACCGACCCGCGCCCAUGUCCAUGCCCUACUCAAGCAUUCCCGUGUCGGCGCCCUCCAUGGUCACGGGCAGCAGCAACUACUCGGCCACUGCGGCGACGAGCUAUCCCGCCCCAGAAGUCAUGGAGAUGCCCCAUGGCAUCCCCCGUUCGUCUUUCGAACAGGGUCCCGCUUACACGACGGCUUCGUCUAUGAGCACCUUCGCACCCGCGAGCUAUGCGCCCUUGAGCUACACCCCAUCUCUUCACCACCAGGACAGCCGCCGAAUCUCCCAUGCUGACGCUCGCGUGGGUCAGUCGCAAGCACCCCCCGCCCCGACGUUCGGGGAUGCCCUUGACGCGAGCCGGGGAAUGGUCGCGCUCAGCCAGGAUUUGACUCCGCGCAACAUUUACCCCCCUCGCAACACGCGGGGCUCAGCCGACUCCUAUGGGUUCCCUUCCACACAGUCCUCGGGAUCCUCGAUUUCCUCGGCUGCUGGAAACUACCCCUACUACAGCGCCUCGGUUGCAUCUGUGGAAUCGUCCGUGACUGACUACAGCUCCACGACUUCCGAAUCAUAUGAGAAUGGACACCUGUCGCGAACUCUCCCGCGGCCCUCUAACCUCCUGACGGGCAGUGCUCCGCCGGGCCCCCAGUCCAUGAUGAGCCAAUUCAGCUCGAAGAUGCCCUCCAACACUCAGAAGAAGCACAAGUGCAAGGUGUGCGACAAGCGCUUUACGCGGCCCUCAUCUCUGCAAACCCACAUGUACAGUCACACUGGCGAAAAGCCAUUUGCAUGUGAUGUCGAGGGCUGCGGUCGUCACUUCUCCGUCGUCUCGAACUUGCGGCGCCACAAGAAGGUCCACAAGGGCGAGAAAGAGGGCGCGUCUGGUGAAGACGAGGAGUAA